UUCCAAUGUGAGCGUACGUUGUCCCAUUGCCUGUGAAUGCAACAUUUAUCGAGCACAAGAGGCAGAACAACAUGGCUACCGCUGCGGGCCGAUACUACGGAGAAGGCGGCAGAGCUACAAAACGACAGAAAACCGAGGACGGAGGGAUGACAACGGAGAGCUACGAUGAUCCCCAUAAACCCCUACCCUCGCCGGUUGUGCACAUCAGGGGCUUGGUUGAUGGUAUUGUGGAGACUGACUUGGUGGAAGCCUUGCAAGAGUUUGGAACAGUCAGUUCUGUGGUAAUGAUGCCCAAGAAGCGCCAGGCUUUGGUGGAGUUUGAGGACAUGAACGGAUCCUCCAGCGCUGUUACAUAUGCAGCCGAGAACAAGGUUUACAUUGCAGGGCACCCUGCCUUCAUCAACUAUUCCACGAGCCAAAAGAUCUCGCGGCCAGGAGACUCAGACGACACCCGGAGUGUGAACAAUGUGCUGCUCCUCACCAUCAUAAACCCCAUCUACCCUAUCACCACGGAUGUGUUGUACACCGUAUGUAACAACUGUGGUCCUGUACAGCGGAUUGUCAUCUUCAGAAAGAAUGGUGUUCAGGCCAUGGUUGAAUUUGACUCAGUCCAAAGUGCCCAGAGGGCCAAAGCCUCGCUCAAUGGGGCAGACAUCUAUUCUGGUUGCUGCACACUGAAAAUUGAAUAUGCCAAGCCGGCACGUCUAAAUGUCUUCAAGAAUGACCAGGACACAUGGGACUACACUAACCCUAACCUGGGUGGCCAAGAUGCUGAUGGUGAAGGCAAUUGGAACAGUUCACAAGAUCCAAAUGGGAAUCCUAACAAACGCCAGAGGCAACCUGCUCUUCUUGGGGACCACCCACCUGAUUAUGGUGGCCCUCAAGGAGGCUAUCACGGAUACAGUGAUGACAGUUACGGGCCGCCUCCUCCCCACCGAAUGGGGCCUGGUAUCGGGGGACGCGGUCGUGGCAAUCAGCGCUAUGGUGCUGGAUAUGGGCCUCCACUCCCCGAGUACGGCCCUCAUGCCGACUCACCUGUACUUAUGGUAUACGGUCUUGAACCCUCAAAGAUCAAUGCUGACAAGGUCUUUAACAUCUUCUGUCUCUAUGGCAAUGUGGAAAGGGUUAAGUUUAUGAAGAGCAAACCUGGAGCUGCAAUGGUGGAGAUGGGUGACUGCUAUUCUGUGGACAGGGCCAUUUCUCAUCUUAAUAACAACUUCCUUUUUGGACAAAAACUCAAUGUCUGUGUGUCCAAGCAGCAGGCUAUAGUACCAGGACAGAGCUACCAAUUAGAAGACAACAGCAGUAGCUUCAAGGACUUCCAUGGUUCUCGCAACAACCGCUUCACGUCACCCGAACAGGCAGCCAAGAACCGAAUCCAGCACCCCACAAAUGUCCUACAUUUUUUUAAUGCACAGCCUGACAUCUCUGAAGAGAUCUUCAACCAGGUCUGCGAUGAAUUGAGAAUUAAGAGCCCUUCGAGUGUGAAACUUUUCAGUGGGAAGAGUGAGCGAAGUUCAUCGGGCUUGCUUGAGUGGGAAUCCAUUAAUGAUGCCAUGGAAGCCCUGGCAAUGAUGAACCAUCACCAGAUGAAAAACCCCAGUGGACCUUAUCCUUACACUCUGAAGUUGUGUUUCUCAACCACUCACCAUUCCAGCAGCUAAAUGCAUCCCCUUCAAACAACGUCACAUUUGAUUUCUCUGCAUAAACUAUAAUCUCGUUCUGUUAUGUCCCAUUUAAGUAUUCACUCACUGUUGACACAAGUUAGGAUUGCUGUGCUUUAUUUUUUAAGUAUUUCUUUUUAGAUGUUACCAAGCCCACAAUCUGAAAUAUUUCAAUGUAAAUCCAGGCUUUUGUUUUCCAAUAAAGAUGGAAUUCACAUUGAAAAGUAAA